CCGUGGCCUCCGUGGGUUUUGCGUCGCCUCGUUGUCCUCUAAAAGACUUCAAAACUCGUCUCCGAGUUCAAGUUCGAGCUACGGAUUGGACGGGAGUUGGUAAGAGAUUUAGAGACUGGAUUGGACGGUCAGUUGGUUGUUGAUCCUGGACGAGUUGUUUGUGUUGUUGCACCUCAAGAGGCUCUUCCUCGUCACCCCAAAGCUAACCGAUCCCCUUCACUUUAGGGUCCAGUCUAUCCAGUCAAGGCGUGUUCCAAGAUUAGCUGACGAAGUGAAGUGAGGGGUGGUGCACAAUUCGGGGGGUCCAGAGCAAUAAUGGAGACCUUGGCCUGUUAAAGGGUUGUCACUCGUCACAACAAGUGCUUGAGGAAUUGUACGACCUUCUCAUAUCAUCAUUCUGACAAACUGAGAAAGAUAGGAAAUGGAAUACAACACUUCGAUUACAAUGACGUCGAAUGACACUUCCAACCCGCCGAGCAAUCCCAACGAGAGCAAUCCCGGCGAGACCCCCGACAUGGAUAAUCCCAAGAUCUACGUCCUGUCCUCGAUCAUAUUGCUGACCUUACUCGGGAAUGGAUACGUGUUCUUUUCGAUUGUGAGUCGAGCCCGAAAAACGGCCUACUCGUACAAUGGCAAGAUGACCCGAAUGUACUACUUCAUGCUGCACUUGUCCUCGGCGGAUAUUCUCACGGCUCUCCUUACCCUACUGAGCGAGCUCAUUUGGACGUUCACGAGUCCACAUUUCUAUGGAGGCAACCUCGUGUGCAAGGCAGUCAAGUUUCUGCAAAUGAUUGGUCCUUACCUCAGUCCGUUUUUGACCCAGAUUGGACUUUUGAGGCACUUUGACAACACAGUCUUUGUUUUUGUGGACCACAACAUCAUUCUUAGAUCACAGAGCUUCCACGAGAUUGACUUGGAUUCAGACGCUUGGACAACGUUGUUGGCUGAAGUUAGUAACAACUCAACAUGAUGUGUUGGAAUUUAUAUUGCUCAUGAAACAAGAUAUUAAAUAAAAGAAACAGGAUGAACCAACCCUCUUCACGAACGACUUGUA